AUGGAAGCCGCGCCAGAACACCAGGAACUCUCCGCACACCAGGACAAUAUGGACGCUGAUAGAGAGUUGAGAGAACUCUUUCUGGGCAUCGAGAGAAGUCUUCAAGUAGGGAGGCAGGUUGAGUUUGAGUCCACGCCCAGCUCCUUUGACGGGCAUACAGACGCGUCUCACACAACGGGGUCAUCCUACGGACUUGCGCCGACCAAUACCCUCAUGGAAUCCGAGCUGGGUCGGGAGAUCGAAACCGGUUUCUAUCACCUCCACCAAGGCAGAUACUACAUUGACGGUAGCCAGUUCGAGCCGUCUGCCGCCCAGGACGAAGACCAGGGGAUGGGUAUUAUCCGACGAGAUAUCAUGCAGCGGGAGAUUAUCCAGCGGAUAGACCGUGCCCUCGUCGAGGCCAAUAUCCUACUCGAUGAAUUCAAGGCUUCUCGUCGGCCGUUAUCUGUCGUGCAGGAGCACAUCAUUCCGGCUGUGAGGACAGGUCAGAAUCUUACCAGCUCGGUAUCAGGCGCUCAGCCGACGUUGGACCCUCUUCUGGUCGAAUUCUUUAUCUCCGAUGAAGCUGAUAUUGAUUCCGUUGACGGAGGAGUUACUUGCCAUGGAAGGGGUUACCCCGUUGUGCAAGAUUUUGACGUUGAAGAGGGCGUUGAAGAUGUAUUUGGUGCAUGA